AUGAGGCUGGUGGUGCGCUGCGACGCGCACAACACGCGGACGGUGCGGGAGUCGUGGGAGCGGCACGGCCGACCGGCCGGGCUGCGGCGGCUCCUCGAGGCAGAGGCGGCGGCGGGCGUGCAGCAGCCGGCCCUGCUCGAGGAAGCAGCCCGCCGCCGCCUGCGGGACACGAUGAAGCGCUUCUGGGCCGAGCUGGCGAGCGGCCUCUCGGACGCGCGGGGCGGCUCGCCCGCCGCCCUCGGCAGCCUCGCCUACGAUCGGGAGGUUGCGCCGUUCCACGGCUGGGUGCUGCGGGGCACCUUCCGGGCGGCGCUGGCCGCGCUGCCGUCUCGCGAGGCGAUGCUCUCCGCCCUCUCGCUGCCGCCUCCGGGCGAGGAGGCUGCGGAGGCGGAGGGAGAGCCGCAAGCGAGGCGCGAGGCGGUGCGGGCCGAGCUGGAGGGUUGGGUGGCGGUGCUGCGCCGGGUGGCGGACGCGGUCGAGUCGCUGCUCGCCGAGCUCGGCCUUCGGGACGACCGGCAGCUGUGA